UCCUACAUAUCCGCAACAGCCAGCCCUCAAUAUGUAUGGAAAUCGCCAGCUGGCGUACGCGCCUACGCCGUACAUCCCGCGAUCCACUCUGUCUGCCACCAUCAAUCUCGACGAGGAAGUCAAACUCUCCACGACAAGCGCCGAACGCGACCUCAAUGACUCCCUCGCCGAAAUCUACAGCAUCAUCGUCACCCUCGACGCCCUCGAGAAAGCCUAUCUCAAAGAUUCCAUAGCCGAGACCGACUAUACCGAAACAUGCAGCAGGCUACUCAAACAGUACAAGUCAAAUCUUGCCGACGACACCGUUUUGCAAGCCUUUGGCGACAUUGAAUCCUUCAAGCGGGAGUGGGAUAUGGAAUGCCCCCGCGCGACCGAACGCAUACGAAUUGGUAUACCCGCUACCGUAGAACAAGGCCCGACACAUAAACCCUCCCAGCAAGGCGAAACGGCGGAUGCUACCCUUCUUGUGAUUGCCACAGAGAACUUCAUUACUCUGCUCGACGCCAUCAAGAUCGGUUUGAUCGAGAAAGAUACCCUUCAUCCACUUCUCGUCGAGAUCAUACAGGCUGUGAACAAAGUCACAGACCAGGAUUUUGAGAGCAAAGGCAAAAUCGUGCAAUGGCUCAUCACCCUGAACCAGAUGCGAGCAGCUGAGAAGCUGAAUGACGACCAAGCACGCGAAUUCCAAUUCGACAUGGAGCAGGCAUACUACGGCUUCAAAGCUACAUUGACAAGAAAUUAG